AUGGUGCUCGAAGCCAUCCGCUACGCGCCUUGCUCGCUUCAAAUCCUCAACCAACUCAAGCUUCCACAUCAAGAAGAAUACGACGAAGUGAAAACUGCUGAAGAUGGCUGGCACGCCAUUAAAGACAUGCGCACUCGUGGCGCUCCAGCAAUAGCAAUCGUCGCAGCACUCAGUCUCGCAGUCGAGCUUUCCAACAACAAGACCUCAGACAAGGCCGAAGAAGUUGCAGCUUUCAUUGUGGAGAAAUUGGAUUAUCUAGUCACGUCACGUCCAACCGCCGUCAACUUGGCAGAUGCAGUUGGCAAACUCAAGAAAAUCGUCACGAGUGCGGCAGCAAUCAGCGACGCGAAUGGCGACAGCGUGAGCAAGACAUACUGCGAUGCUGCACAAGCAAUGUUGGCAGCUGAUGUCAGCGACAACAAGGGCAUUGGCAAAUAUGGCGCGGAAUGGAUUGAGAAGGUUGCAGGCGGCGGACAGGUUAGCGUCGUGACACACUGCAACACAGGAUCUCUCGCUACUGCUGGCUACGGAACUGCUCUGGGUGUGAUCCGGUCAUUACAUGCCAAUGGAUCUCUUAAGCACGCUUUCUGCACCGAAACGCGGCCAUACAACCAAGGCUCGAGAUUGACUGCCUUCGAACUUGUGCAUGACAAGAUUCCGGCUACUCUUAUCACCGACUCCAUGGCUUCUGCACUCCUGCGACUCCAGGGCCCCGAAAAACGCAUUACCGCGAUUGUAGUUGGCGCAGAUCGUGUGGCAGCGAAUGGAGACACUGCCAACAAAAUCGGCACGUACCAGCUCGCCAUCACGGCAAAGUACCAUGGCGUCAAAUUCCUCGUUGCAGCGCCUCGCACCACGAUCGACCUCAACACCAGGUCUGGAGCAGAUAUCGUAAUCGAGGAGCGCCCAGGCGAAGAGAUGACAAUGCUGACGGGGCCGAGAUUGAAUGAUUUAGACCAGGUCGAGACCAUCAGCAUUGCGGCCAAGGGUAUCAAUGUGUGGAACCCGUCGUUCGAUGUCACGCCUGCUGAACUGAUUGACGGCAUCAUCACCGAGAUUGGCGUCUUCGAGAAGGAUAGCAAGAGAGUCUAUGACUUGAGCGCGGCAUUGGAGGCGCACAAUCAGGGCGUCAAGCCAGCAACUGUGGGUGGGCUUUGAGGGUUCCCGCAUCAGCCUGCUGUGUCCGCGAGAUCGGGCGAAGCAUAGACAUAGAGCCAAAAGCCAUGCUUCUUGCGGCCGUGCUCGAGGCAAGUCAGAGCAAGAUUUCGCUGUGCUGCUGAUCUCC